UACUAGAAUCCCUGAAGAGACGCAGAGCCCGGAUAGUAGGGGAAGCUGGAAACGGGUACCACCACAAAAAAGGUCGAAAGAGGGGAAAGAUGUAUACAUACCACGUUGGCCGGGGUCAUGUCGUUGGUCGGAGGAGUGGGAAGAUGUGGAUAGUAUGAGCUCGAUGAAGGGGAGCAAAGAAUGCCCUUGGACGGAGGAGUGGAAGAUUGAUUUUUCUAAACUCGAUAUCCAGAAAGUUGUUGCUCACGGGACUUAUAGAACUGUAUUCAGAGGAACAUAUGACAACCAAGAUGUCGCAGAUAAACAUCCUUUUCGCUUUUGAUUUUGCUUCUGCUGCUUACAUUCCGACAGUGAAGAUAUUGGAGUGGGGGGAUGGCCCUGUUUUGAGGGAAUCAUUUCGGCAAAAAGUUGAUGCUUGGCACAAGCUUCACCAUCCUAAUGUUACGAAAUUUGUUGGGGCUUCAACAAAAGCUGUAAGUCUUCAGAUUCCUUCAAAAUCAAAAGUCUCUUCAAUGGAUCAUCAAAACGACUCCAUUUCACCUACGGCUUGUUGUGUUGUUGUUGAGUAUGUUCCUGGUGGGACAUUAAAAGAACUGGUGAUGAUGAAGAAGAAAAGGAAACUUCCCUUUAAGGAUGCCAUUCACUUAGCUUUGGAUCUCUCUAAAGGGCUUAGCUAUCUACACUCCAACAACAUUGUGCAUCAAGAUGUCAAACCUGAAAAUAUGUUGAUAGAUACUCACAAAACUCUUAAAAUUGCUGAUAUUGGAGCUGCUCGUGUUAAAGCUCGGAAUCCAAAAGAUACAAUUGAGAAAACUGGCACCCUUGAAUACAUGGCCCCAGAGGUUUUUGAAGGGAAUCCGUACGAUAUAAAAAGUGAUGUCUAUAGCUUCGGAAUUUGCUCGUGGGAAAUUUACUGCUGCGAGAUGCCAUACCCCAAUCGUAGUUGUGCUGAAAUAUCAUCUGGAGUUGUUAAUCAGAAUCUGCGACCCAAUAUUCCGGCAUGCUGCCCAACUUCUCUGGCAAACGUGAUGAGGAAAUGCUGGGAUGGCAACCCAUCCGAACGCCCUGCAAUGCAUGAGGUUGUCCAAAUGUUGGAAGCUAUUGAUACAAGUCAGGGAGGGGGAAUGGUUUCUCCUGACCAUGUUCCUCGCAGCUUCUGUUUUAGGCCUUCUGGCUCGUCUCCUGGUCCGUAGUUUCAUGAUUUGUACUCUCAUCACUUUAUGAUGUAGAAAUAAAGGAGAGCCAAAACUAUGCUGGUUUGUGUUUCUUUUGUGCUUUGUGGUGUGAAAUUUGCUCUCACGUGUUGAUUGCAGUUAUCAAUCUGUCUUUGUUUCAGACUA